GGAAGAGCAAAGGACCAAGUCGCGAGAUGUGAAGAACGAUGACCCAAGCCGCCGAGAUUUGAAGAACGAUGACCGACGGCUAGUUAACAUCAUCAGAAUCGAAGUUUAACUACGGAAGAAUGUAUGAAGCUACGCCGACAUCUCCUAUUAUAGCAGGCAUUUUAGAGGGCAAUGACAACUUGGAUGUCGGAAGUAGUUUCAUGAGUAUUUUUGAAAACAACAGUAGCCUAUAUGAUGGGGUUGAGAAUUUGGGAAUUGAGCCAGCUUUUGUGGGCUUUUUAAGAGAUGAAUGUGAAGCACAAGAAAUGUGUGACUUUGGUGGUGAUGGAGUAAUAUUGAACCCACAUCCCAUUUCAUUUGCAAGUAUAACGAAUGUACGUGAUGCAACUACUUUCAUGACGUUGUUAGAAGAAGAGGGAGACUUGCAUGUCCAGGGGGCAUUGGGGACUAGUGCAAACACCAUAAACUGUCUGGAAACACACGUUCACGCCAACGGUGAAGAUGAAGUGAUUGAUAAUGGAUUAAUGGGACAAUGUAAUGGAUCCUUGAUUGGGAAUACUUCCGACCAACAGCAAAGACAAGAGGGUGAGUCCUUCAACGUUGUGGAUGCAACGCCAGCGGUCGGGAUCCCGCUUCACAAAAGCUUCAACUCGACUGUUGUAGAAGCAGGGGGUUAUGACCACUUGACCUUUCUUGAAAAGGAUUGCCGGAAUUACGUGGAGCAAGUGAGGCGAGUUAAAAUAUGUGCCGGAGAAGCCAUGGCAAUCCAAGCUUAUUUUCAGAAAUUGCAAGCACAAUGUGAUGGUAUGUCGUCUACGCAAAGGAGUGAGAGCAUGAAUGCAUUUUUUGAUGGGUAUGUGCACUCAAAAACAACUUUGAUGCAAUUUGUUGAACAAUAUGAGCGUGCAUUGAGGAACAAGUGUGAAAAAGAAUUCUUAGCUGAUUCAAUAUCAUUUGCAAAGACGUUGCCAUGUGCCUCUGCAUAUCCCAUCGAGAAACAGCUCCAAACGGUCUACACUAUAUCCAAGUUCCAAGAAUUUAAAACAGAAAUGAUUGGAAAGAUGUACUGUCACAUUAUGAGUCAUGAGAAUGGUUCAUUGUAUACGGUAGGAGAAGACGUAAUUGGAGAGGGAUUUCACAAACGGAAGAACUUUAAGGUUGAAUUCGACAGGGAAACAAAUUUUGCAAAAUGUGAAUGUCAUCUUUUUGAAUUCAGAGGAACGAUUUGCAGGCAUUGCUUGUGCGUACUAAUCCAAAACGAUGUAAAAGUCCUUUCAGAGACGUAUAUUCUCAGUAGAUGGCGACGAGAUAUUAAGAGGACUUACACAGUUGUUCGGAUGGAAUAUGAUGGAUUGCCCCGUACAGUUGAGCAAAGGAGGUAUGACAUGCUUUGUGCAAAGUUCCAAGAAUUUGCCCAGAUCGCAGCUGAUGAUGAGGAACGCACAAAAGAUAUUGUGGCUUGGAUCGAUAAACAACUGCUUAUCCCAUCUCUGAGAAAGGCAAGUGAGGAACGUAUUCCCGAGAACAUGGAAUUGGACAAAACUUUGACCAAAGCUAUAUUGGACCCUACUUAUUCGAAACGAAAAGGUGCCCCCAAGAAAAAUAGGCUGAAAUCUGUUUUCGAGAAUAAAAACAGGAAAAGAAAGCAAGACAAGAAGAUUCGACAUGAUAACGAUAAGAAAAAAAGUAGUGAACAACGUAAGGUGAACAAGAGCAAGCGGGGAAACCCUGAUCAGUCAUCCACAACCCUUUUUACAAGCGUUGGUGACAUAGGUUGUGAAAAUAUGCCUACGUGGGAUUGGCCGGGAGAAGAUGUUGUGUAUGACCUAACUUGCCUAAAUCUUGACCUCAGGCUAUGAAUCGGUAGAUGGCCCAUCUUUUUUUGCUAAUAUUUUGCUAUGCAUUUGCUCACACAUUUUUUGGUAAGUAUCACUAUGUAAUAUUUUGUAUUCACUACUUACAGAUGAUGUAAAUAAACAUAUUGUGUGGGCAAGUUGAACAAUAUGUAAAUGCUAGUAUUGCUAUGUAACAGUUUAACAUGUUGAAGUAAUUGUUUUUUGUUCAAUACACCAACACUUACUGUCGGGGUGGAAGUGGAUAUGUUUUGUAGUGUUACUGAGUGUCUGUUCUUGUUUUGUUAAAAAAAGCAUUGGUUAAUGU